UUUCAUGACGAUUUGAAAAUGGCGGCGAAAGGGUUCACCAAUGGAACUUUAUCGUGAAUGCACAGAGAGCGGAGCUGUCCAAACGACAAUUUCCCUCAGUAUUGAAAAAAAGUUCAAAAGAAACCUCACCGGAAUGUAUAUGUUAUUAUUAGAGGCGGAUUUGAUGCGUUUUACUGUGCGGGUUUUGAGGCCAAGUUAGCGAAGUUCGCUGAAAAUAACCAUAACACAGCGUUACAGUGGGAUAACGUUAGAACUUAAACGUUUCUAAACUGGAGCUAACGCUAGCUAGCUAAGUUAGCUUAUAAAGACAACGCGAGAUGAAGCUACUUUAAUUGCUUUUCUUUAAUACCCCCCUGAGUUGUCAUGUUUUGGUUUUUAUCCUUAAUAAGCGUUACUACGAACGCAUUCCUGACGCGGUGUUUGUUUAUUAAAACCGGAGUGAAUAAAUAUCACGAAAGCUAUGUUGGUUCUAGCGAGAUAGCUAACAAUUUGUCAGCUACUUUUGCGUGUGCGUUUAGUGUUGGGAGCUAAGCGCGAGCUAAUGCUAAUGCUAAUCCGUCUCACACAGCACAAUCGUUUUGUUUUGGUGGAGCGAUGGUUCACUUCAGUGGAGGGUAGCUAGCUAGCAAGUACAUUUCACACAGCUUGUUAAUUCAUAAUUGAACUUCUUGUAGUUUUUUUUAUUUUUUUAUUUUUUUUAAAGUAGCGUUUUAGUAUCAAGUGCGUGACUUGAUAGAAUGGUGCCUUACUCUGGCACAUAUCUCGCUGGUUAACAUUGUUAUUAAAUAGAUCAGGGUGCAAUACAUUUUUAAAGCAGGCUGUAAUGUAUAGCCAACUAAUUUACUACCUAGCAAGUUCUAAGAUUGACUGCCAUUUGAAACACUUUACUACAUUCAGGUAACUUUAUACAUAAUGUCAUUUUAACGAUUUUUUAAAUUUACACUCUUGGGUCGGUUGUGUUUUAAUUACGAAGGUUUUUUGCUCAAGUUUAGAUAACUUUUUCUAGCUAUCAGGUAGCUAUAAGCGAGUAUAAGCGAGAGCUGGUGUCUUUGUGGAAAUUAUUUCCUCCGUGACAGACUGGAUAUGGAAGAUCCAAAUCCACGAUACAGCAAACGACUGUAAGUACACAAUGUUCCUGGUGUUUGCUGUCUGCCUGCUUCGAUCCUGCUCAAUGAACUGUGCAGUAUAAAUGGCUUUGGUUGAAGAUGGACACAGGAAAUGACUAUGUUCGGUCAGGCACGCGGCGACGUUACCAUGACGAUGGGAUCUCUGAUGAUGAGAUCGAGGGGAAAAGGACCUUUGACUUGGAAGAGAAAGUAUACAGUGAUCGCUUUGGUUCUGACAGGAUCAAACGCAUGGAAGGAAAAGAUUUCACAUUUGAGUUCAUCCAGAGGUGCGGGCUGAGGGAUCCAAUUAUCUUUGAACGACCAGAUGGACUAGGAAUCAAAAUGCCAGGUUCAGACUUCAGUGUGAAUGAUGUGAAGAUGUUUGUGGGCAGUCGCCGGAUGAUAGACGUGAUGGACGUGGCUACUCAGAAGGGCACAGAGAUGUCUAUGGCUCAGUGGAGGCGAUACUACGAGACCCCGCCUUCCCAGAGAGAGAAGCUGUACAAUGUCAUCAGCUUGGAGUUCAGCCACACCAAACUGGAGAAUUUAGUCAAAAGACCUGCAACAGUGGACAUGAUCGAUUGGGUGGAUAAUAUGUGGCCACGACACUUAAAGGAAAGGCAGAGAGACUCCACCAACUCCAUCCUUGAAAUGCAGUACCCUAAAGUGCAAAAAUACUGUCUGAUGAGCGUGCAGGGCUGUUACACAGACUUCCACAUAGACUUUGGAGGCACUUCUGUGUGGUACCACAUACUCCGAGGAUGCAAGGUAUUUUGGUUAAUUCCUCCGACACCACAAAACCUGGAGCUCUAUGAGAACUGGGUGUUGUCUGGAAAACAAGGAGACAUCUUCCUCGGAGACAAGGCCACUGAGUGCCAAAGGAUUGAGCUCAAGCAGGGCUACACGUUUAUUAUCCCAUCAGGCUGGAUUCAUGCAGUGUACACACCUGUGGACACACUUGUGUUUGGUGGCAAUUUCCUACACAGUUUUAACAUCCCCAUGCAGCUCAAUAUCUGCAACAUUGAGGACAGGACAAGGGUGCGCAACAAAUUAUGUAAUCUGAGUUACAAAUAUGAAUAUGUACAUGUGCCAACUAAAUUUCGCUACCCAUUUUAUUAUGAGAUGUGUUGGUAUGUGCUGGAACGGUAUGUGUACAGUCUGACCAACACCUCCUACCUCAUCCCUGAGUUUCAGAAACACUCUCUAGGCAUCGGCCUUAAGCAAGAACCCUCCAAUUUGGAAGCCUUGAACGGUCACAUAAAGGAAGAGGAUGAUCCUCCGUCUCCUCCAACUCGGCCUGGAAUGAAAGUCCACAUGACACCUUUUGAGCUGGAGGGUUUAUGGAAUUUGCUAGGAAAACUAGAAUCUCUUCCCUCGCACAAAAAGUGUGUUCCUGCAGGAAUACACAAUGCACCUGCCUUGCUCCAUGACAUGCGGGCAUUACUUAAAGAACAUGCUAAUGAUAACUCAAAACUUUCAUACACUGGAAGACCCAUUGUUAAAUGGCCAAAGAGGCCAUCCUGGUACCAGCCUCCCCCGCCGCCUGCCCCAGUCGGUCGUCCCAAAUUAGCCACCACUCCAAUCAUCCCUCGUCCAACAAAGCCAGCCUCCUCGAUGUCAGCACUCCGGCGGCGGCGUGUGCGCUGUAAGCGCUGUGAGGCAUGUCUGCGGCCAGAAUGUGGCGAGUGCAAUUUCUGCAGAGAUAUGAAGAAGUUUGGUGGCCCUGGCAAACUGAAACAGACGUGUGUCCUUCGCCAGUGUCUUGCUCCUGGCUUGCCUCUCUCUGCGGUGUGUGAAAUUUGUGAAGAAGGGAACCAGGAUACUGGAGAAGAACUCAUGGAAUGCUCCAAUUGUGCGCAGAUUGCCCAUCCUAGCUGCCUAAAGGUGCCAGGUGAGGGUGUAGUAAACAAAGAUCUGCCCAGUUGCUGGGAAUGUCCGAAAUGUGUCAUUGGCAAAGACACGGACUCUGAGUCGUCGGGCAGCGGUGAUGACCUCACGACUCCAGAGGGGUCGGGGGGGCUGAGGGGCGAGGGCGGGGCGUGGCACGGGGUCGGGCGGCCCCCUUCCUCUCUGUCACAUGGGUCGCUACGGAAACAAGUGGCGGCCCCAGAGCAGCGGCUCAGGAAGAGGAUCAAAUUGGAAGGAGGAAAAAUGCAUAAGCGCAAAUCAUCCUCGCUGGAUCCUCGGGUGGCUAAGAUCUACCGGAGACAAGGAAUGGAUUCAGGCAGUGACGACGAGGAUGGAGAAGGAAGGAGAAAGCUUUCGCUCCACUCAAGGGGUGCAAUAUCCGCUCGCCGUGGAUUUGGAUCUGGUAGGCGGGGACUGUUAAGAGGUUCUUCACAUCGAGGUGGCAGAGGGAGUGGUAGCAUGACCCCAAAUUCAUCCUCCCUAAAAAUGAGGCGUGGACUCGGUGUAAGGGGUGAGCGCGGAGGUCGUGUUCGUUUACGAGGUGGAUCCAAAAUGCAGCGAAGGCGUUAUGAAACAGACGACGACGAUGAUGACGAUGACGACGACGACGAUGAUGAUGAUGAGGAGGAGGACGAUGAUGAGGAGGAGGAAGAGGAUGAAAGUGAAGAAGAAAGGCACAUGGGCAGGUCUGAAAAAGAGCACCGUUCGCGGCGUCGGCGACGCAGAGGUGAAGAGGAUGAUGAAGACGAUGAUGAGGAUGAUGAAAGUGAAGAGCAAGACUUUGAUGGAGAGGAUGAAGAAAUGGAGGACCUGGAUGAUGGAGGGGAGGAAGAUGAGGAUGACGAGGGUGAGAACCGUUCAGACUCAGAACCUGACCCUCCUGUUCUACUCGUCUCAGACUUAAAUGAUGAACUGUUAAAUGGUUCUUAUCUGACUGUCACAUUGCAGCGCCCAUCCAAGGCCAGACGUGAUCUGGGGUCUAUUGUACCCAAACUGGAGGCAGCCAUGUCUCCUCGCACUCCCGGUAAUGCUGAUGUACUCCAGCGCAAAUCCCUUCACAAGUAUCGUCAGAAAAAUGGCAGCUCUCUCUCCACUGGAAAUGGUUUCUCACAACCCAAAGUCAGUCUAGCAUCAGGUCGUCAUACACGCUACAGGAGUUUGAACCUCGAUGGUAGAGCCUCCCCUUCCUCCACCUCCUCUCGCUCUUCUAUUUCUCCUCCUCCUCCCACGACAUCCACCACCGGCUCCUCCCCUCCUUCCCUCCUCACUCAUCCCUCAUUCCGGGAUGUGGGGAACGAGCCAGGAUGUGAGAAGGAGGUGUGGGUGUCCGUGUUUCGCUACCUGAGCCGAACAGAACUGGCUGUGUGCAUGCGGGUUUGCAAGGCCUGGUACAAAUGGUGUUACGAUAAGCGCUUGUGGACUCGGAUAGAUAUCAGUAGAUGUCGCUCCCUCACAACUCAGGCUCUGUCAGCUGUUAUUAAACGCCAACCCGUUGCACUUGACUUGUCCUGGACACCUGUGUCCAAGAAACAGAUCACCUGGCUUAUCCACCAUCUUCCAGGACUGAAGGAUCUGAUCAUGUCCGGCUGUUCAUCAUCAUCUCUUUCGGGCUUGAGUUCUCAGAGCAUCCCUUGUCUCCGCACGCUGGACCUGUGCUGGGCAGAGAGCAUUAAAGACUCUCAGCUCAAAGACCUCAUCGCUCCAUCAGGUAGUGAAAAUCGCAGCAGGCUGAAAGGCUUGUUAACUUUGCGGUUAUCUGGUCUGGACGUGAGUGACUCGACAUUGAAGCUGAUAAUCAAACACAUGCCAUUGCUGAGGAGGUUAGACCUGUCACAUUGCCCCGUCCUUACAGACCAGUCAAUCAGCCUGCUUACAGCCAUCGGCUCCAACACACGCAACACUCUCAGAGAGAUCAACCUCGCAGGUUGUAAUAAGCUAACAGAUGUCUGCCUGAAUUAUAUGAAGCGCCUCUCAGCUCUAACUCUACUAGACUUGCGUGGCUGUAAGGGUAUCACCCGACAUGGCUGUGAAAACUUCAUUUCUGACCUUUCCUACUGCACCUUCUUCUGUCUGACUGAGGAUAAACUCAUCCAGAGGAUAUCUUAACACAGACGCGCGCACACACAGCACACAUGCUCUUACACUGGUGUGCUCAACGUGCUCCAUCAUAAUGCUCCGAAGAUACCGAGCUCCCUCACGAGUCUGGUUGGGCAGGUGGAUGGAGGGAUAGAGGCUGCGCCCCUGGGGAGAGGAUGAACGCACAGAAUCUGAGAAGAGUUAUGUUCUUUUCUGUCAGGCAUUUGGGCUCAUUCAAAGCGACUUGUAAAGAAGAUACCAAGGCUCAUGUGGUCAAAUUGGAAAUCAAAAUGUAUUGAUCCAAACUACCUGGGUGAGGAGUCCAAUCUUAGGAGUAUAGUGAGGAGAGGUUAUAAAGAAUGUUGGCUACAUAUAGCAGUUUCAGGUAUGGCUUUUAUGAUACUGUAAACCAGCAGUACCUUGGGUGGAGGGAAAGGAACCAGCUGUGGUACAAUGUGAUAUUUUGCCAACAAACAGGAGGCAAUGACAUGCAUUUAAAUUUGAGCGCCACGAAAUGUAACUCUGACUGUAACCUGACAUCGCAGUUACAAACGCACAUGCAGAGUUAGUCCGUCUUUUCUUUUCUGCCCACUGUGCUCACAGAUAUGUGAAGCUUUGACAUCUUGGGUAACAUUUUCUGUCUAUACAGCUUUACCAGCAUAUUCUACUACACUUAGUAAAUUGCAUCAAGUUCUACUUAGGCCUCUUCCUUUUUUUUUUUUUUUUCUUUUUUUUUCUCCUCCAGUUUUCUUUGCUUUUAUCUUCGUGAUCUUUAUCCUCAUGUAUCUUUACCACUUUACCUGUGUUAGGCAGUUUUCUUCCAUAUCACCAUCUUCCUUUGUACAUUUGCUGGGUUGUUUAUAGUGUACAUGUAUUUUUAUUUUUUCUUAAGUGCAGCCUGUAGCAACACAACCUUUUUUUUUUUUUUCUUUUUUUUUUCUUUUUUUUUUCUUUUUUCAAGAAAAGGGGAAAAAAAUAAUAAAUAAAAAAAUGAGUCACAUGUCCUGUGAGAUUUGUGGCAAAAUGUAA